AUGCCUCGAGCAGUAUCAGCAAAGCUUUCAAGGCAGCAUGAGCCUUCAGCCGGCUUGCGUCCUGGCUCGGCUCGUACCUCCGGAUCUAACCCAAACGCAGCUCAUUCCUCGAACCAGAACUCGAGCGCCACCACCAAGAACCCCAUCUUCAACACCGACAAGUUCGGUCAGCAUAUUCUCAAGAACCCUCUCGUUGCACAAGGUAUCGUCGACAAGGCCAACCUCAAGCCUACCGAUAUGGUUCUCGAAGUCGGUCCCGGUACCGGUAACUUGACGGUCCGUAUUCUGGAAAAGGCAAAGAAGACCACCGUCGUAGAGAUGGACCCACGCAUGGCUGCCGAAUUGAGCAAGCGUGUUCAAGGAAAACCCGAACAGCGCAAGCUAGACAUUAUGCUUGGAGACUUCUGCAAGACCGAACUCCCCUACUUUGACGUCUGCAUCUCCAAUACUCCAUACCAAAUCUCCUCGCCUCUCGUCUUCAAGCUUCUCUCCCACCGCCCCCUCUUUCGAUGUGCCAUCCUCAUGUUCCAGCGCGAAUUCGCUCUCCGACUCAUCGCUCGACCAGGCGACAAUCUCUGGUGUCGUCUCUCCGCCAACGUCCAACUCUACUCCAAGGUCGACCAUAUUAUGAAAGUUUCCCGUAACUCUUUCCGACCUCCACCGCAAGUCGAGUCAAGCGUUGUUCGCAUCACCCCACUCAACCCUCCUCCCGCCAUUCCUUUCGAAGAGUUCGAUGGUUUGACACGUAUUGUGUUCUCAAGGAGAAACAAGACCGUCAGGGCCAGUUUCUUUGAUGCGAGAGGUGUAAUUGACAUGUUGGAGAGCAACUACAAGACGUAUUGUGCGGUGAAGGAGAUUAUGCCUGAGGAGGGUAACUUUGCGGAUAUGGUCAAGCAGAUUCUGAUUGAUACCGCGUGUGCGGAGGAUCGUGCGGCAAAGAUGGAUAUCGAUGAUCUGUUAAAGUUGCUCGCUGCUUUCCAUGAGAAGGGUAUUCACUUUUCUUAG